AUGGCUGUGAUAAAAAAGAUGAAAGUCAAGAAGGCGUUAGUGCAGAAGAAUGCGGACAAGAGUCAAAGCAAGCUAGCAACGAAAGAGAAGAGGAAGAGGAAACUGGAUGCCGAAUCAGACUCCCCCAAUGAUGCUAAUCAAAAUGAGAACGAAUUCAAAAUUGCCGCUGACAGCCAGAGCAAAGAAACGAUCAUUCCUGAAGAAAGUGACUCGAAGAGAUUCGAAAAUCUAAAAGAUCAGGGUCGCCAAGCACUAAGGGCGUUGAAGAAGCAUUUUGCAGAGAGAAAUGAGAAAUCUCUCUUUCCUGAUAUAGAUCAGGCUGUUGGCAUCACCAUAGUGUAUAAGAAACCCGCUUUAACGACGGACAGAGCGCGAGUAAAAAUUACGCUCCCCUGCCCACCUCGGACACCGGCUAAUACUUCGAUUUGUUUAAUCAUGCCAGAUCUUGACCAAUCCGCUACAGGAAGGAGAGAUCCUGACGUAGACAAGCAAGCAAGACAGUGGGCUGAAAAGAUUGAAAAGGAUCAUGGCCUCACCAAUCAACACUAUUCAAAAAUUUUGACCAAGCGGCAAGUAGAACGAGAGUAUCACUCAUAUAGUCAGCGACGUGCACUAGCAACAGCUUACGAUGUGUUUUUGGUCGAUGUUCGUGUUGCAAAGGCCGUGCGCUCGUUCCUCGGCAAAGAUUUCUACAAAGUCCAUAAGGAACCGUUGGAUUUCAAAUACACAAAACCAUUGGUAACAGCAAUUGAAAAUGCAGUAAAAACGGUCGUACUGAAGUUGCAGCGAUAUGCUACUAGAGUACAUGUGCCGUUUGGUCAUUUAGGGCAACCGUUGUCGGAUCUCAGUUCGAAUUUCGAUGCGGUCAUAGAUGCCGUAGCUAGUGCUUGUCCGGGAGGUUUCGCAAACUUACGCAGUGUAUACGUGCAGCCCGUCGGGUCUUCACCUUCUCUACCGGUUUACAUUGAUAACGGAAUGGCGUCUGAAGUUCAACUGAAAAAACCGGAGAAACGCAGGCGGUGCAUGGAACAAGUUACUGAUGAAUGCACUACACUUCCUAAUGGCUUGAAGCUCGCUGUUAGGAGAAACGGUAAACUCCGUGUUGUGGAAGAAGAGUCUGGCCAUACUAUUCUGUAUCCGACAGUACAUGAUGAGUGGGAGGAACGCGAUGGCUUGAAGCCAACUGUGGAUCCUGCCAAAUUGAAGCGGAAGCAUGCUAUCAAGAAGAAACGAAUGCAAAAACGCUUGAUGCAAAAGAGAAUCAAGUCGGGUGAGGUCGUCACCGUGCGUCAAGAAGUUAACUGA